CUUUUAUUUAUAUUUAUAUAUGUUUAUACAAAUAUGACUGAAGCUAUCAAAACAUAUCAUAUACAUCCUAUCUACAAGGAAAAAUGCAGAAUCAUCCAACAGAAAUCAGAGGCAGCAUUAGAAACCAUGAAAAACGCAACCCCAGAAGAGCGUUUACAACUCCUUAUCCAAAAGCGUGCAGACGAUGAUGUUCAAGCACGCAAAUUAAUCAUGCCUGCAACUGAACAAAUUAAACUAGAAAUUUCUGGUGGACCCAAUCAUCUCAAAGUCAAGACAGUCAUUUUUAGACCCCCUGGCACUCAGGACAAUGUAUUACCUGUGAUCUUGUAUUAUCAUGGUGGUGGGUUUAUUAAGGGCUCAGCUUAUACGCAUGCUAAACUAGUCAGUGAAUUAUGUAUCCGGACACAUUCGGCGGUUGUGUUGGUAGAAUACACGUUGAGUCCUCAAGUUCAGUUUCCAGUGGCAGCGGAAGAGUGUUUUGCAGCCUUAUGUUGGCUUCGAGAUCAUGGUGCAGCUUCGAUUCAUAUUGAUCCUGACCACAUCAUUGUGGCUGGUGAUUCUGCUGGUGGCAACUUGGCUGCUGUUAUCACUCUCAUGGCUAAGGAGCAUGGUAUGUCGGAUGCUAUCCGAGCUCAAGUGCUUAUGUAUCCCUGUGUUAUUUUUGACACUAGCAAAUAUGAAUCAUACCAACUCUUUGGUGGUGGUGAUUAUGGAUUAGGUCUAAGAGAAAUAGAGCUUGUCAAGCAAUGUUAUCUUUCCAAUCCUACAAAAGAUAUGCAAAACGUGUACGCUUCCCCUAUUUUAGCUACAGACGAGCAGCUUCAACACCUCCCACCUGCACUUAUAUUGACAUGUGAGGCAGAUGUGCUUCGUGACGAAGGAGAAGAUUAUGCAACUCGCUUGACAGAUGCAGGUGUGCCUACUUAUGGUAUGCGUAUAUUGGGUGCAAUUCAUGGCUAUAUGAGCGAGGAUCACCCUGAAACGCCACAGUACGUCAUGUCUCUCCAAAUGAUUUCUGAGUUUAUUAAGCAACAUCAUACACAAUAAAAUAAACAUUGUCUUCUUGAAAUCCCGUUUGCCAUGAGUUCAUUAGAUACCCAUUUUGCCAUGUGUCAAUGGAGAUAUAAAGGCUUCUUGUUUGUCAAGUGAAUAAUAUAGACCCAUUUUAUGUUGCCCAAGACUUUUAUUUGUUGUUACGCAUAAUAGUUAG